AUGCGGUGCAGUGUAAACGUCAUCACACCCUUCACCAUUGGCUUCACAUCCUGUCUGCAGGUCUUCGUGAUCCCGAUUGGUAUCUCCUUUCAUCCGAAUUCUUUCAGCCGCUCCUCCCUGUCAUUGACUGUGUUGACAAUUUGCACUGGCCAGCAGGCAACCUUCUUAUGGCUGGAAAUUAUACCAUUUGGAGCUUGGAACGAUUCUUUUGUCGAACACAUUUUCACGGGCGUCGCGAGGCCUAAGUUACCGGCCUCUUGUGUGCCACAGAUUUCGCCGAGUCAACAUUCGAAUGAGGCCUGUGAGUAA